AUGAAGAUGGGAAUUUUCCUUGUAGCUUGUUUGGCAGUGUUUUGUAUCUUAGGGGUUUGUGAAGGUGGCAACCUUAGAAAGAAUUUCUACAGUAAAACUUGUCCUCAAGGCGAGCAGAUUGUUAGCACCAAAAUCCAGCAACAUGUCUCUGCAAGGCCUGAUUUGCCUGCCAAGUUGAUCAGACUGCAUUUUCAUGAUUGUUUUGUCAGGGGUUGUGAUGGUUCGGUUUUGCUGGACUCCACUGCCACCAACACAGCAGAGAAGGAAUCUAUUCCCAAUUUAUCUUUGUCUGGCUUUGAUGUCAUUGAUGACAUAAAAGAAGCAUUGGAGGCAGAAUGUCCUGGAAUUGUAUCUUGUGCUGAUAUACUUGCAUUGGCAGCUAGGGAUGCUGUUUCUGUCCAAUUCAACAAGCCUAUGUGGGAAGUUCUUACUGGUAGAAGAGAUGGUAGAGUAUCCAUUAGUGGUGAAGCCUUAGCCAAUCUGCCAGCUCCAUUUUUCAACAUCACCCAGCUCAGACAAAGCUUUACUAGUAAAAAGCUUACUGUGCAUGACCUGGUUGUGUUAUCAGGAGCACACACAAUUGGGGUUGGUCAUUGCAACUUAUUCAGUAACAGGCUUUUCAACUUCACCGGAAAAGGUGAUCAAGAUCCUUCUCUGAAUCCUACUUAUGCAAAUUUUUUGAAGACAAAAUGUCAAGGUCUCAGUGACACCACUACAACAGUAGAGAUGGAUCCUAACAGCUCAAACACCUUUGACAAUGACUAUUAUUCUAUCCUUCUCCGGAACAAGGGUCUAUUCCAAUCAGAUGCUGCCCUUUUAACAGCCAAGGUAUCAAGAAACAUUGUCAAAGAAUUGAUGAAACAAGACAAGUUCUUCACAGAGUUCGGACAGUCAAUGAAGAGAAUGGGAGCCAUUGAGGUCCUCACAGACUCUGCAGGGGAAAUUAGGAGAAAGUGCUCUGUUGUCAACUCCUAA